AUGAUGGAGACUAAGAACUCGAUCUUGAAUGCGUUACUCCAACAGGCCAUUUUUAAUAGUCAAGGUGUUGGUGCCAACGUUCCCGUGAACUUAAGCAUGUCGUUAAACGACGAAAGAAGUGAAGUUACCAGCUCGUCAUCGUCGGCCGACGAUGAAUCGCCCGCUGAUUUGUCUAGUCGCAGUCAUCACCAACGUGAAGAUUCGCCGAUUCCGCCAUCGUAUCAACAUCAUCCUGACUCAUCACAGCUAAUGCAUGCUAUGGCGGCUGCUUUCUCCUUCCAGCGGGAUCUGAUGGCGCAACAAAACAAGUCUGACCAUCUUAAUCAAUCAGAUGCAACAAGUCCGGCCUCACCUGCUGAUCCUUCUCACCUGGUUGCCAAAGCCUUGGCCUCGGCCACCACGAGAAGGCCGAGGAGUGAGAAGAAACCUAUUCCCGAUGAUUUGAAGGAUGGCAAAUAUUUUGAACGCCGACGUCGGAAUAAUCUUGCAGCUAAGAGAUCUCGAGACAUGCGGAAAAACCGUGAGGAUCAAGUUACAGUUCGCGCCAAUUUCCUUGAGAAGGAGAAUUCGGUCUUGAGAGCUCAAGUGGCCACUUUGAGAGACGAAGCAUUCGCCUUGAAGCAAAUGUUAUUGCACAAGAACGCUUCCGCCAUUCUCCGUAGUCAAGCUGCCACCAGUUGAGCUUACGUUGUGGGGAGAACAAACAAGAACUUUGUCCACGUUAUUGUUUUUACCUUUAUAUUUACCAAUGCUAAUCCCUCCUGUUUAACUGAUUUCUCUUUCGGUUUCAAUCCAUCACGUCUUUUAUUUAUCAUUUCUUUUUUAGACGUGCUCGUCUGCUAUCAACCGACUAAGCUUCACAGUGCCAAAAAUAAACGAAAUAGAAAUCA